AUGCCGAUUCGCGAGAAAAUGAGGAUCAACAAGCUGAUUAACAGCAACCUUCCGCCAUCGGUGGAGGAGGCAUACCACAAGAAAUGCAUCGAGCUGAAGCGACGCAUCAAUGAAGUAGAGGCGAACAACGAUGCCGCUCGCCUCCGGAAGACGCGAGUGAAUCGUGCGAUUAUGAAGCUGCGACUCGAGCGGGCUAUGCUCCUUGAGCAGCUUGAGAAGCGAAUGGAGGCCAAUGUCGAUGAGUCGGAUAGGAGUACUAGCCCGCCGCCAACAAUCCUACCAGACAAAUACAAGCGGUCCAAGCCUACGGGCGAAACAUCGAGAACGUACCAUCCUCUGGCAGUGACCAUGUUACUCCGGCCGUACUGCAGGGUGCUGAGCAUUCUGUAA